CCGUCGCCGUCGGAGUCGCGCACGGCGCAGCUGCGGUCGCUGCUGGACUUCAAGGCUGCGGUCGACAAGCAAGGGGCGCUGGCCUGGUCGGCUGAGAAGGGCGCCAACGCCGGGUACUGCGGCUUCACCGGCGUCACGUGCGACACACAGGGCAACGUGACCAAGAUUGAACUGAGUUUCCCGGACGAGCUGAGGGGGACACUGCCCCCUGCGAGUGUCUUCAAAGGCCUGACAGCGCUGACAGUGAUUAGCCUGGGCUCCACCAGCGUCACCGGGACCCUGCCCUCAGACUGGGGCACCCUGGCCCAGCUGGAGGACAUCAGGAUCAUCUUCCAUCCCCGCAUCACGGGCCCACUCCCCGACAGCUGGGCAGGGCUGACGCGCCUCAAGGUCCUCCACCUCUUGUAA